AUGGAUCAACAAAACAUAUCACAUAUUGUAGUUGAAGAGGAAGUCUUAUCUGAUACAUCAUCAGUGUCGUCUUCUUCGUCAGACAGUACAACCACUACCACAGCCCGUGAAGAAGAGGAAAAAACAGGAAAGUUCGUUUCACGUGUUACCUCCUUCCCAAUCGUUCAAGAAAGUGUUUCAACGGUACAUGCCAUUGCCAACAAAACCAGCCUUGGACGAUUUGCUCUUCUCACUGCUAAUUCCACCUUAUCAACAGUCAGCAAAUAUACCAACAAGCAGCCUACUUAUGUCCAAUCUUACUACGAGAGUUACAUUCAACCUCAUGUCGAGAAAGCCGAUGCUCUUGGUUGUCGAUCAUUAGACUUGAUCCAAACCAAAUUUCCUGUGGUAAAUCAACCCACCGCGGAGAUUGUCAGAGCUGUUACUGCUCCCUCUUAUCAAAUCGUGGAUGGUGUCAAGGUCAGAAUCGAUGCUUCCAUCAAGCAGCCUGCCAAUCAAGUUGCCAAGGAAGCCAACAAGCGUAUCGGCUCUGUUGUUGAUAAUGUUGAAGCUGUGCUUGACCGUUAUCUUCCUGCUGCUGCCAAUGCUCGCGAAGUUUCUGCUGAUGAAAAGAAGGAGUCCAAUGAAGCUCAAGAGAUCAAUCAAGCUGUCCGUGCUUACUACUUGUUGAAUGAUGCUACCGCUCGUUUGAGCCACAGAGUCACUGAACAAGUCAAGACCUCUGCCUCACAAAUCCCUCGUUCGCGUGAUGACUUUGCUCGUAUCACCGAGACCUCGGCCCUUGUCCAAAAGACCACUGCCAACAUUCAAGUCUUACAAGAAACGAUUGUUCAAUCCGUUUCUGUUUAUGCUCAAGCUACUCAAAAACGUCUCCCUCCUGCUGUCACUGAACGUCUUUCAGUUCUGCAUGCUAGCACCAACGAGAAGCUUGCCAAUUUGACUCAACAGGUAUCCACCCAACUCUCUCAAUUAGUUGUCUUUGUCAAGGUGCAAUCCAAUGAAACCCCUGAAUGGCUCAAAAACCGUGUUGCUUCUCUUGUCGAGAUUGCCAACAAGCAGAUUGAUUUGGUUCGCACUCAAUUCAGCCGUAGCGAUAUUUCUUCUUUAGAUAAGGCCAAGAAUGUUGCUCAAGCUCUCCAAAAUCAAGUCUUACCCAUCUUGCAAAAUGUCCAAGCUCAAUUGAACUACUAUUCUGAAAUCGCUCGUCAAAAGGCCUCUACUGAUUUGAAGGCUCCCUUGGAAUACCUCGGUUUGGCUCAUGCUCCCAAACUGGCUUCUGCUCAAUAA